CAUUACAUUUUAUAAUCUCUAUACAACCUCUUCUAGAGAACUCAGAGGAAAGAAAACGAUAAAACAUACACACAUUCAUGUUUAAAAAGUGCUGAUUAAUAGUGAAAAAUUCUUUUUGACUGAAAAAUUGUUUCAUUCAAAAUAAAACGUAAAAUAAUAUAACCACAAAACAUAGUACACAAUCCACAGACAUAAUGAAACAAAAUGGCACAAAUAAUUGUAAUGGCAAUAAAGAAUGGAAACCAACAAAUAUUUUGGAAAUUUCUGAUACAUUCAGAUAUGCAAUUGUAAUAUUAAAUACACCUAUACUAUUAAAUGAAAAUUAUUUAAAACAACUAUGGGAAAAAGCACAAUUGCGUGUUACAGUUGAUGGUGGAACAGAUCGAUGGCUUAAUUGGGCAAAACAACAUGCCUAUUUUAUAAAAGAUAAACCACCUAUACCUGAUUAUGUAACAGGCGAUUUUGAUUCUAUUCGUGCUGAAACGCGCACAUUUAUCGAACAAAAUUUAAUAUCAAAAGAUAGAAUGUUAAGUACGCCUGAUCAAAAUGAAACUGAUUUUACAAAAAGUUUACUAGAAAUAAGUAAAAUAAUUAGUAAAGGAAAUUUAACUAUUGAUGGAGUCUUAGUAGUUGCGGAGAGUUGUGGUAGAAUUGAUCAUAUUUUUGGAAAUGUAAAUACGUUACAUAAAGUUGAAAAUAUCUUAGGAAAUAUUCCCGUAUUUUUAUUGGCACAUAAUUCAAUAGCAUGGCUAUUAAAAGCUAACAUAAAACACAUAAUUGAAAUACCAGAAAAACUUCGUGGUUAUUGGACGAGUUUAAUACCACUAUGUGGGCGAACUGAAAAUAUUUCUACAACUGGGUUAAAAUGGAAUUUAGAUAAUGGUGUAAUGGAAUUUGGAUCAUUGGUAAGCACGUCAAAUUCAUAUGGUUCAGAAUCAGUGGUCACAGUACAAACAUCAAAGCAUUUAUUGUGGGCAAUGGGAACAAUGAAGGAUUAAAUAGAAUAUUUGAAGCGAAUAUGUACGUCAUAAUAUAAUAUUGUAGUU